UGUCUCCAGCACCCAGCCGAGGCUUCCAUGGCCUCCCUGUUCUCUGGCCGAGUCUUGAUCCGGAACAAUAGUGACCAGGACGAGCUGGACACGGAGGCUGAGCUCAGCCGCAAGCUAGAGAACCGGCUGGUGCUGCUGUUCUUCGGUGCUGGGGCUUGUCCCGAAUGCCAGGCCUUCGUGCCCAUCCUCAAGGACUUCUUCGUGCGGCUCACAGAUGAGUUCUACGUGCUGCGGGCGGCCCAGAUAGCCCUGGUGUAUGUGUCUCAGGACCUCACAGAGGAGCAGCAGGACCUGUUCCUCAGGGACAUGCCUGAGAAGUGGCUCUUCCUGCCCUUCGAGGAUGACCUAAGGAGGGACCUCGGGCGCCAGUUCUCCGUGGAGCGCCUGCCGGCGGUCGUGGUGCUCAAGCCGGGCGGGGACGUGCUCACGCGCGACGCGGCCGAGGAGAUCCAGCGCCUGGGGCCCGCCUGCUUCGCCAACUGGCAGGAGGCGGCCGAGGUGCUGGACCGCAGCUUCCUGCCGCCCGAGGACCUGGAAGACGCGGUGCCACGGAGCCUCACCGAGUGGCUGCGCCGCCGCAAGUACCGCGUGGAGAAGGCGACCCGGGGCGGCGGCGGCCCCGGCGGGGAGGACGAGGCAGAGGACGGGGCCCCGGGACUGCUCUGA